ACGAUCAUUCAAAAAAAACAUUCAACCGAAGUACACGCGUUGCUCGGUGCGGGAAAGCGGCCGAACUUUUUUACCCGUUCUACAUAGAUCACGAGUUCACAUAUUUUUUAAAUUUUGUUGUUGUUUCUUCUUCUGUGUAUUCUGAGUGCUAAAUAUGUAUUUCUGUGGAUGACAGCGGCUGGGCUCGCUAAUAUGUAUUUUAGUGCGGUGUCUUAGAUUGCAAGAAAAAACCGUUUUCCGCCGUCGCCCCGAAGUGUGGAGGAGGGCACAGACAGCCAGAGGGAGAGAAAAAGAAAUAAAAAGCGUUCUCAAUUGCCUAAGAAAAACAAAAGUGUUAAAAGAAAAACAACAAAAACUGUCUUCUAAAAAGAAAAGAAAAAACAAAAGCGGGUAACGAUGUCUGGAAAAUCGACUAUGCUCUGGCUGAUUCUUGGCUCUCUCUCGCUGGUCGUGUCUGAUGUUGAAGCCAGGGAUCGACCACGGUACGGACGAUUGCCAAUUGCCGCUCCCGCUAGCCAGACCACUGAGACGCUUGUCGAGGAUAUAUGCAAUCACUGUUUCUGCCAAAGGAACACAGUUACAUGCGAUUUUCAGCGGAAUCAAACGCUCUCCGCUAAAUGGGAUUCCAAGUAUUUUGUCCCAGUGGCCAUAACCGCGAUGAGAAUACGCCUGGCCGGUGGGACACAAUUUGAGCUGCACAGCGAGUUCUUUCGCAAGAAUCGCGUGAAUUUCUUCGGCAUCGAGGGCCUGGGGAGCACGGAGACCGAUCAGGUGGAGUUCACAAAGAACGCAUUUCAGAACAAUCUUGGUGGAUAUCCGGACAUACAAGUGCGCAAAGUCCAACGGGUGUUUAUACGCGAGGGAGCCUUCUCAGGCGGGGAGUUUGUGCUGCGGGUGGAGAACAGCCAGGAUGUGGUGGUAUUUCCACGUGCCUUCCAGAACAUGAACAUUUCCUGUACCUUUCGGCAAGUGGAGAAUCUCGAGAUGAAGGAGAAGACCUUCUAUCCCAACACGAACAGCAGUGCCAAGUCUUUGGUGAAUCUACGCAUCGAAGACACAGGAAUCGAACAGAUUGGCAGCUUUGAUGUCUCGAUGCGAAAGGUGAGCUUUGUGAGGGCCAGGAUCGGCAGGAUCCAGACGAAUGCAUUCGAUGUGACCGAAAUCAAAGAGCUGUCGUUCGAGGACUGCCACAUUGGAACGAUCGAGGCGCGGGCCCUCACCAGUAAGCUCCUAAGCGAUCACGUGUCCUUCAAGGGCACGACCAUCGGAAUGAUUGACAGCGAGGCAAUCAUUGACUGCGGCAUCUCUCGACUGACGCUCAAGAACAACACCAUCAUGAAAAUCAAAUCAAAUGCCAUGCAAAUCUAUAGCGUGUUCGUUUUCAUUCAGGACAACACCGUACAGCACACGGAGCACAAUUGGCUGCGCGUAAAGGACGGCGAGCAUAUUGUCAUCGAGAACAACAGCUUUGGGCAUUUCAAUCAGUUCGGCUUGGAGCUGGCCAAGCUGUCGAAGCCCUUCAACUGCACCUUUGCCAACAAUCGACUGGAGGAUCCGGAGCAGAGUAGCCUGAAUUUCAGCAACUGCGAGGUUCAUCGUAUCACGGUGGGGCAUGACUGUAGCUGCGACAACGAAUGGAUGCACCGGCUCACCGAUCACGAUCUCGACUCGGAGAUAAUUUGUCCCCUGAUCGCCAGCGAUCGGGGAUGCUUCAAUGCCAGCAGCGUCAACAGGCGGCAUUUUGUACACGAAGCGUGCAGCGGUGGCGGCCGCGGCAACAAUUUGACGCGCCAUUGCACCAAUGGCCAGUGGUCGACACGAACCGCCAGCGAUGGCGGUGGCGGUAGCCUUACCAUCCGCCAGAUAGCUAGUGGGAUAGUGGUAGUCCUUGUUUUUGUGGUGGUGAUAGCAGGGCUUAUGGGCUGUUGGACGAAGGGAAAGAGCGGCAACAGCUCGACCUCGGGCUCUGGGAAUGUGGACCUGUGCAGCUUCACACAUGAUGAGCAGCGCACCAUGCUCAAGCAGACAGAGUCACUGCGUGACGGCGACAGGACUGGGAAGAGCAUCCGGAAGCUGGCAAGCGGAAAGUUGACUCGCAUCGAGUGCAAGAAUCAGGUGAUCGAUACCAUCAAGGAGAUGCCCAAUGGGUCCUCCACUAUCAAGGAACUGCUCACCCAGCAUCUGUUGGACUGCCACGACACCAGCGGCAGCCACAGCAACAGCCACAGCAACAGCAACAGCAGCCGCGCCAGUCCAACGGCCCCGGGAGGGGACUACUAUGCCACAUCGACAAUGCCCCACGACAGGCCGACUGCGUCGGCGGCACCCAGUGCCCCCAAUUACGAGGAACCCAUCUAUGAAGAGCCGCAACAGCCGCUGUGUGAGCCGCUGCUAACAAGCGAAUAUUCGUCGCCCUCGGACCCGAUGACCGAGACGCCCGUCUACUCGGAACCCAUCAAUUCCACUGCCCCAUCGGCAUCCAAUGAGAAUAACGAUAUACCCCCGGCCUAUCAGUAUGCCCUGCCCAUGCGACACCUGGGCACCCAAUUGCCGUCCACAAGAGGCCAGACGCAGCUGCCCGCUCCACCGUCGCAGCAGCAUGUUAGCUAUGCCACACCCGUAUGGCGUUCCACAGCCAGUGCCACGCCCAACAGUGGGCCACUAACAGGAGGCGGUGAAAGAGCAGAUAUCACACCACAGCGGCAUGUGCGGGAUCUGCGACAGGAUCUCGAGGCGAUGCCGCAAUUCCAUCCAAAUCAGCUGACCUCAGCACGCUACCAAAGACAAUUUCACCAUCCCCCAUCUCAGCCCCAAACACAGGCCCAGCCACAGCCACAGCCACAGCCUCAGGCCCAGCCCCCGCCAUACAGUCAGAGGAUGGGGCAGGGGCCAGGGUGUGGGGGUAGGGUGAGGAGCUUUGAGUGCCUGGAUGGUGCCGCCAGUCUGGCGGCCAUGGAACAUAUGGACUCCGGCUCGGAUCAUUCGGGGGGCAGCGAUGAGACGGUCCAGAUUGGCGAUGUGAUCGACUACGCGGAUGCCUGAAAGACAUGCCACGCCCCCAAAACACAGCCCUGCCACGCACAAAAAAAAAAAUAAAAAGCAUGAAAUGUGAUAUUUGAAGGAAAAAGAUUAAGGAGACGAUCUACAUAUUAUACAAGUGAAAGUGAAUAAAGUAAAAGAGGGUCCUCAAUAAACGUAGUGUACUGCCUAUUA